GGUGUGACCCUGAGCCCCCCUGUGGCAAUGAAGGGGUUUCUUCAGAACAAGGGAGCCUGUGAGGGCGAGCCAGAGGGAAACAAAGAAGAGUGGGAGACUGCUCCAGUGACAUCACGCUCCACCAAUGUCCCGCCUACGCUCACACAGAAAGCCUUGCGGAUUUAUAGAGUGUGAGGUCCGGGUCUCCUAGCAACAUCCGAACCCGGAGCGGGUCACGAGCAGCAAUCAUUCUGCAUUGAGCGGGACCGUGAUCUUGAACUGGCACGGGCGUAUAUAGGACCUGGCUUAGUGCAUGAGCUCCCCCGCCUGCUGCUGCUGCUGCGAUACACAAGGAAGCCGGGGACAGGUUUCUUUGUUAUCAGUCAGUGGGCAGCGUCACCACUGGUACCUCAGCAAAGAUGUGGCAUGAAGGCGCGGAGCUUUCUUUUUAAGUGGCUUUGAUUGCACUGAGCAUGCGCAGAAGCUGUGCCAUAGAGCUGACUCGCUCGCUUAUAAGCCCACCUGUGCGCUCCGCUACUCUCAGUCUGGAGUCACAUCUCCGGGGUAGGAACUUGUUAUUGUGCCGGCGGGGAAUGGAAUCAGGGCUGGACACGUUCCACUGGCAGCACUUCGGUACCUACUGCACAUGGAGCGCUUGGUGAGGGGCACAUGUGGGUAGCCGCUAUGCAAGUCGGAUCGUCCCGAGAAUAUCUUCACUCUGGAGACAGCAACUGCCAAGGAUCCCAUUCCCAUUGGACACAUUCUGCUUUGCACCCCAAAAACCUGCUUGAGCCGGACUAUAAUGAGCCCAGCAGCGGCUCCUCAUUGUGCUGCUUCCCCCCGGUGUCCUGUGAGAAUCCUGCCGGCCCUCGGGCUCCUCUUCCUCCUACUGGGACUCUGCCAGUCUGUGGAAAACAGGUGUUCCUCCUCUGGUGCAACGACAUGUGGGAAAUGCCUUGCCCUGGGACCAGAAUGCGGAUGGUGUACUCAAGAGGAUUUCAUGGUGGAUUCCACGGAAAAUGAAAGAUGUGACACAGCUCCUAAUUUAAAAUCUAAAGGGUGCAGACAAGAUUCAAUAGAAUAUCCCACAGCCCAUGCUCAGCCUCUGAGUAGCAGGGACAUUAAUAGUCAAGUCACACCAGCAGAGGUUUCUGUACACAUUAGACCAGGAGCAACGGUUAACUUUCUGCUAAAAGUGCACCAUCUAGAGAAGUAUCCAUUGGAUAUCUAUUAUCUGGUCGAUAUAUCCGCUUCAAUGCACAAAAGUAUAGCGAGGCUAAAUUCUGUCGGAUUUGAUCUUUCCCAGAAAAUGGCGAAUUUUUCGGAUGACAUAAAAUAUGGUUUUGGAUCAUUUGUGGAUAAGCCAGUCUCACCCUAUAUAAGUAUUCAUCCACAGAAAAUUAAAAAUCAGUGCAGCGUUGUAGAUCAGGUUUGCAUGCCGCCCCACGGAUACAUUAAUGUGUUGCCCUUAACGUACAAUACAACAAAAUUCAAAAAUAUUGUUGGUAAGCAGAGAAUUGCCGGGAAUAUUGAUACCCCUGAAGGUGCAUUUGAUGCAAUGCUGCAGGCAGCUGUUUGCAAUACAGAUAUUGGCUGGCGCAAAGAAGCAAGGCAUUUGCUCAUUUUGAUGACAGACCAAACCUCUCACUUAGCACUUGAUAGCAAAUUAGCAGGGAUCGUCACUCCUAAUGAUGGUGGUUGCCACCUUAAAGACAACGUUUACAUCAGGUCGUCGGCUAUGGAGCAUCCAUCCUUGGGUCUUCUUGGCGAAAAAUUAACAGAAAACCACAUAAGUGGAGUUUUUGCUGUGCAAGGACCUCAAUUUAAUUGGUAUAAGGAUCUGUUACCAUUAUUACCUGGGACAGCUGCAAGACAGUUGGACCCCUUUGCAUCAAACAUGAAAGACUUGGUGUUUGAUGCCUAUCAGAUGCUUCUAUCAGAAGUGAAAAUUGAAGUGGAUAAUCCUAUUAAAGGGAUUCAUGUUCAUGUUACUGCUAUAUGUCCCGAUGGGACUAGACGUUCGGGGAAAGAAGGAUGUCAAAAUGUUAAAACCAAUGAAAAGGUAUUUUUCAAUGUAACCCUUACAAUGGACACUUGUGAUUUAGGUAAUGGACGUGACUACAUUGUACUUCGACCCCUUGGUUUCAAUGAAACUGCUAUAAUAAAGGUGCACAGAGACUGUACCUGUCAGUGUAACAGUGUAUCACAGGCCAAAGGAAAGUGUGUGACAGAUGAUUCUACAGACUGUCAAACCAUCCCAUGUAAAGAAGAAAUCUGCAGCUCCGCUGAGUUAGACUAUGCGUCUGAAAGCUGCAGGGCUUCCCCAUCUCAGUCAGUCUGCACCGGCCAAGGCGUGUGCUUGUGCGGAAAAUGCUUUUGUCAAAAAACUAAACUGGGAGCAAUAUAUGGAAAAUACUGUGAAAUGGACAACUUUUCUUGCCCAUACCAUCAUGGGAAACUGUGUUCUGGUAAUGGAGAUUGUGAAGAUGGGAAAUGCAGAUGCUUUAAGGGCUGGGAAAGUGACCGCUGCCAUUGUGCUUCCUCACUCAGAAAACACUGUAUGAAUUCUAAAGGCCUCGUGUGCAGCGGCAGAGGGGUGUGCCAGUGUGGGAAAUGCCAGUGCACUGAUGCUAAAAGCUUUGGCCCUUUGUGUCAGUACUGCAUGGAUAACUGGAAUUGUGAACACUUCCGAGGCUCCAUCAAUGUUUCUGAAUCUGAAGGGAAUCUGUAUAAAACUGCAUGUGAUAUGCUGGUUUAUUACAUUGAUCAGACACCAGAAUGCUUCUCAGAUCCUCGGAUCCUCACCAUAUUUUUCAUUAUUUCUAUUGUCACAUUUCUGCUGGGAAUUCUGACUGUGCUUCUAACUAGACAUAUAAUCCUCAACCACCAUAAAGCCAGAGACAGGUCUGCGUCCAGUUACAGGACACCUACACACAAGAAGGAUAAAAGUGUGUUACACAAUGUGUAUACGAGAACAGUGACGUACACCCGUGAAAAACCCGAUGACAUCAAUAUAGACAUCAGUAAAAUGGAAGCGCCUGAAACAUUCAAGUGUAACUUCUGAAGAACUGUGUGUUUACCUAGUAAUGUUUCACUACGUUGGUUCCGGUAUGUCGGCUGCCAGUAUUGUCGCUGGUAUAUUACAACAACAACUAAAACCAACUGUUAUAUUUAAUGACGUAGCUGCUGUAAGGCCUAUGGCACCAGGGCGGAUUUUGGGCAUUCGGCUGACUCCCUUCCCUUUCUGCGUGUGCAAAAUCACCUAUUCUUAUAGUUGAAUGGCGGCAGCAUAGUUACUUGUCAGCUACAUGAAAAUGCUUUAGUGCAAUUGGUCGGGCAGCAGUUUUCUGACUCAAGCAGUUGCCAUUGAUGAGAGGCAGCAGGGGGUUAUCAGCCAUUUUUUUCACGUGGCAAAAAACAUCCAUAAUCUGCCCCGUGUGCCAUAGGCCAAUUCAAUGUGCAUUACUACUGUGUGGUACCACUGAUCAAUUUAGCACUUUAUUUUAUUUGUGCCUUCUCUAUUUUAUAACUGUUUUCUAUAUUUUAAUAAGAUAAAGCAAAACAAAGCACUGGUAACACUUUAGCUAUGAAUUUGUGCACUCAGAAUGUUCCAUUGAAAAUCUUGAACAGACUUAGCCAAAAAAAAAAAUGCACAAUAUUUUUGUAUGCAGAUAUGGGACCUAUUAUGCAGAAUACUCUGGACCUGGGGCUUUCUGGAUAAGGAUCUUUCUGUAAUUUGGAUCUCCAUGCC